UCGUACGCACUUUUGUACGGUCCGUAUACGUACGGGCGUAUACACAGCGAGCAGCCAUAGCCGACCGCCGGCAUUCUCAACUCCGACCAGCACUGGGGUUCCCCACACCGUCCCUCCAGGAAGAGUGAUGACGGCGACUGCGUCAGAGUCCCCCCAAGUGAUAGAGAGGAUCAUAGUGCGAUACUCCAGGAUGCGUACAGACGUCGAACGCGACGAUGGAGGUGACACCAGCGCUCAUGGUGAGGAUGUGGCGGAGGAGUUUUGCACGGACGACGACGAUGAAAGCGAGGAGGAUGACGAGGCUGCAGCAAAGGAAAUGACAUCAAAGGGUCGGAAGAAGAAGGCAAGCAAGAGUUGUGGGAGGUCGAAGGUGAGGGAGGAACAGGAGGGUGCAGAUGCCGAGGGUGGGGGUCACUGGGGGAGGGACCACGCACCAGAAAUGGCAUUUGGACGAAUCGCUCGUCCUCGUCCUGUGCAAAAAGGACCUCGACGAUCAUAUGGCGAGCCACGGCAGGAACUUCGCACGUAUGAAGACGAAGACCGGGAAACGGAACGGGAUAGCGAAGCGGAUGGCCCAGCAGGGGGUUACGAAUAGAGAUGGGGAUUCAUGCAUGAAGAGAUGGGAGAAAAAUUUUGGGUGGUAUAGAAAAAUUUGGGACAGGGAGAAAGACGAAAAAGCGUAAACAAGUUGGGUAAAAGUUCGCGAUGGAUCGACAACUGUACGAUGCCAUCGACGCGA